AUUUAUUUAACCUGGCGCACAAGUAAACCAUAUUUAUAUAAGUUUUUGGCGAAGUUGUGAAAUUAAAGUGUUUUAGCCAAAAGCGCGCAAGCCAAUCAGUUUGAAACGGAUUUCUAAAAUGCUGGAAACUGAGGUGCGGCAACAACCCAAGCUCAAUGGAUCCUCAUCCAAUGACAAGGACUUUGAUCCGUAUGUUUGCUCUCUGAGCGCUGACCUGAAGGCGGUGGCCUGGGAGGAGCUGCACGAGGAUGAGAAUAUACGGCGACAGGCCUUGGCUCAGUUCCGCGAGUGGAUUGCCAAGCAUCCGCACAUCAAGAAGUGCCGCACUGAUGCGAUCUUCCUGCUGCGUUUUCUGCGCACCAAGAAAUUCUCAGUGCCCGCUGCUUGCGAGAUGCUCGAGCGCUAUCUGACCAUUCGCCAGUUGUAUCCCCAAUGGUUCCAGAAACUGGACAUCAAUGAUCCGGCCAUCAAUGAGAUCUUCGAUGCCGGGUAUUUGGUGCCGCUGCCGCAGCGCGACGCGACCGGGCGUCAGGUGAUCUUCUCGGUGGCCGCCAAGUUCGAUCCCUACAAGUUCACAUCGGUGCAGAUGGCGCGCGUGCACAGCCUGAUCUGUGAGUCGCUGCUGGACGAAGAGGACUCGCAGGUGUCGGGCUAUGUCUAUGUGAACGACGAGAGCGGCAUGAACAUGGGCUUCGUGAGUCUCUGGUCGCUGACCGAUCUGCGCAGCAUCAUGAAGUGCAUUCAGAACUCGACGCCCAUGCGCCACAAAGAGACACACUUUGUCAAUAUACCCCACUAUGCCAAUCGCAUCAUUGAGCUGGGCGUGUCCAUGCUCAGCGACAAGCUGAAGAAGCGCAUCAUUGUGCACAAGAACGUGGACGCAUUGAAGACAAAGAUGGAUCCAGCCAUUUUGCCCAAGGAAUACGGCGGCACUGUUCCCAUCGCCGACAUGAUACGCGAGUUCAAGGCUAAGCUGCUGCAGCGCCGCGCUGCGAUCCUCGCCUUGGACGACAUGCACAUCGAGAUCACCAAGGAGGCGGCCAACUUUGCGGGCAACGACGUGGGCGACAUUGAUGCCGGCGUCGUGGGUAGCUUUAGGAAACUGGAGGUGGACUAGUUUUAAUGUCCAGUUGGGCUUUAGAUUAGGCUAGGCUAGGUCAGAAUACCAUUGAGACAUUUGACAACACACACACACACAAACACAUACACAUACACAGUCGAAAGGCAAUCAAAAUUAAUUCGCCUUUUGGCAGCAUAAAUCCUAAAUUAUAAAUAUACAAUUAUUUACGGCCGGGACUGCAGCAUCAAAUUUGGCACAGACAUAGACAGGUACCGGAAUCUGAAGUUGUAGUUAAUAGUUGUUUCUAGUUAUAUACACAUACACACACACACACACACACACACCCACACAUGUACACAAACAUAUUCAUGCACACCUCUAUUGUGUGCAUGCAUGCUAUUUAAAUAUAUUUACCUUGUUCAAAUGA